AUGGUUUCUGUGUUUCAACGGAAGUUGCUACGAGAAUGGAAAUAUAUACAGACACAGAGGUUACGGAACCGUUACAACUGCAAUGCCUCUGAAUCAAGUCGUUAUGCAUUCUAUAUCAAGCCACAAGAUUCCAAUUUGCAUAUGUGGCAUUUGGUGGUGUAUGAUUCAUUACAUAUGCAAGAGAUUUACAUUAUGAUAUAUAUUGGAAAAUGGAAGAACCGCGACGAAUCGUUUGGUAGCACAGGUAUAAUAUCAGAUGAGAUGGAUUUUGAUAUCAUUUUGAAUUGUUUAACACCGAACAGUUACUUACCAUUAAAUCGAAAUAUAUCAUUUACACAUUUUAACCAAAUUUUAAUAAGAGAUGGUUUGCAUAAAUUUAUUGAGACUCUGUUGGACAUGAUAUUUACAGCAGAUACUCAAAAAAUUGAAAAUAUCUAUAGCAUUAUGCGUUGUUGGAAUAGAGUGAUGAUAAAAUCUUUUAAACAGCAUUUCCCUGAAUUGAUAGGAAAAUUAGAAUACGGCGACUAUAAAAUAUUUCAAGAAUUCAUGAGGAAAAAUAAUUACAAACAGGACAUUGUCACGAAAACUACAUUGAUGUGUUCAAAUGGUAUAUCAAAUAACACACUUGCUUGUGAUGAUUACUCUACGUCGUUAUCAUCCUCUGGCAAAAGGAAGUUCAAUUCAAUAGAUCCAACUGAGCAGAGUAAAUAUGAUGACCAUAGCGGUCUCAAUCCUAACUUAAUAUUGGACCGAAAAAGAUCUAGAAACAAAUGA